UUCACCUCUCCAAUGACAAUCGUUUUCGUGGUUGAACAAAUAUUCUGGUGUAAAGAUAUGUACUCAUCGUUCCUGCAGGUUAGAAUUGAUAAUAAAUCUAAUUGUAUAAACAAAUAACUAGGAAAAACAAUCACCAUGAUAAUAAUCACCUAUAUCGACAGAUCACCGAGAAAUCGUAAAUUAUUGUAAUGUGAUAAUUGUUGAUAACGAGAGAAGAAGAAUACAAAAGUCACUGCGUUGGUUUGAAUGACUAAUGAUUUUGAUAAUUAACAAAAGUUGAUUGGCUUGGUGUUUAUUUGGAGUCAUGCCAAUCGUAGCACGCAAUUGCCCACAUAUUUUGAAUCAUGGAGAUCUCAGAAUCAUCGAGGGAGUGUUUUGUCAGAAGGAGAGAUUCAUCAAGUGCAGUGAUUGCGAUAAUGAGGGCCCUGAUCUCUGGCUAUGUCUUUAUCCUGAUUGUCGAUGGGUAGGAUGCACCGAGACACAUCUGGAUCAUAGUACACUACAUAAUAAUAAGCAUCCCAUGCACUGUGCACACAUGAAUCUGUCAACAAACAGAAUCUGGUGUUACAUGUGCGAGAGGGAGGUGAUUACGAGGCACAUUCCAUCACCUCCUAGUUCACCGACACAGAUGGAUGUCAAGGCUGGAGGGAACAGGUUUAUCGGCGAUGGACCUGGAGGUAUCAAUUAUAAGGCUGAGACUGAUAGCUUCGGGAUUCUUCUGGACAGAUUUUACACCAACUAUGAUGCAAAGUUCAACUCUGAAAGAACCGGGGAUUCACCGGACAGUACAGAUUCAGAAGAAAGCCGAGACUUUGGUGGCAAGCCACGUGGUCUCGUGGGCCUCCAGAACAUUGGAAACACCUGUUACAUGAACUCAGCCCUCCAAGCCCUCUCCAAUGUAGUUCCAUUGACCCAGUACUUUUUGGACUGUGGCCAAGCAGUCUCCCAUAUCGUGAAAGACCGGAAACCGGGUUUGAGCUUGAAUUAUAUGAAUCUGGUGAAAGACAUGUGGAACAGGAAGACUCGAGGCUAUGUCGUUCCCAAUGGAAUUCUCUCUGGAAUUCGGGCAGUGAACCCAAUGUUCAGGGGAUACCAUCAGCAUGACACUCAAGAAUUCCUCCGAUGUUUCAUGGAUCAACUGCAUGAGGAAUUAAAGGAGCGAGUAGAGGAGGACAGGGAGCAACAUGUUUAUUUGAAGUUAACUGAAUCCUCCGACGAAGAAGACCCCGAGAUGGACGGUACGACCUCUAGUCAAUCAGACGCCGAAUACGAGACCUGCGACUCUGGAGUCAGCGAACAGAGUUCUACGAGUGACGAUGGUGAUAGAGGUACAAAGCGCCGUUACUCCCGCGUCUCUCAAUCCGAGAAAUUUCGCAACAAGUUCACAACCCGAAGCCUCAAGAAACCUCUCGACGACCAGUACAAUCAACCCCAAAGAUCUCUCCAAAACUCUCCAACCAAACACCGAGCAAAAAAGCAAAUGAAGACCCGCAGCAUCAUCAGCGACAUUUUUGACGGAAAACUCCUGAGUUCAGUGCAAUGCCUAAUGUGCGAUCGAGUUUCCACGCGAGUGGAAACUUUUCAGGACCUCUCGCUACCAAUUCCCAGUAGAGAUCACAUUGACAUGUUGCACCAGGGUUCACUAACCCCCCAGAAAGCUGGUCCCUGUUCGGACGUGGUCUACGUAACUAACCAAUCAGGUUGGAUCUCCUGGUUCUUUCAAUGGAUGCGUUCCUGGUUCUGGGGGCCUGUGGUCAGCCUCCACGAUUGUCUCUCUGCCUUCUUCAGCGCAGACGAGCUCAAGGGCGAUAACAUGUACAGUUGCGAAAAAUGCAACAAGCUUCGCAACGGAAUCAAGUUUUCCAAAGUGUUGGAUCUACCAGAAAUUCUUUGCAUUCACCUCAAACGUUUUCGUCAUGAACUAAUGUUCUCUUCGAAAAUAGCAAACUACGUGUCCUUUCCCCUGGAUGGAUUAGACAUGCGUCCAUAUCUCCAUAAAGAUUGUGUUUCCAAAGUCACAACUUACGACUUGAUAUCUGUUAUUUGCCAUCAUGGAACAGCUGGAGGCGGUCACUACACUUGUUAUGCACUGAAUUCAGACAUAAAUCAAUGGUUUGAGUUCGAUGAUCAAUGUGUGACGCAAGUAUCUCCUGAAACAGUCAAGAAUUGUGAAGCAUAUGUACUUUUUUACAAGAAAAGUUCACACGAAAUGGCUCAGUGUCGUGAUAAAAUAGUGGAGCUGUUGGAAACUUCUUCCCGUGAACCUGAGUUGAAUUUCUACGUAUCCAAGGCGUGGAUCAAUAGGUUUAACACUUGCUCAGAACCUGGGAUGAUUGAUAAUUCAGAUUUUUUGUGCCCGCAUGGGGGAGUCAAUCCAGUGAAAGUUCAUUAUAUUGAUAAGUUGAGCAGACCACUGCCACAGGCGGUCUGGGAGCAUCUCUAUAAUACAUUUGGAGGUGGACCUGCUUGUACACAUUUGUUUGAAUGUCCUGUUUGUGUGGAGAAGUAUGAAACACUCCAGAAGAGGAGAAAAUAUGAGUUGGAGGUGUUCCAGAGGUUUAAUAAUAUGGAGAAUCCUACGGCUAUUUAUGCGCUCGCGAUGGUAUGGCUGAGACAGUGGCAGAGCUUUGUCAAGGGGAAAGAGACACAGCCUCCUGGGCCUAUUGAUAAUUCGUCAAUUGUUGUCACGGUUAAUGGACAGAAAGUACUGAAACCUGGUUCGGAUUGUAGUCAAGUAUCCGAAGAAGUCUGGCAAUUUUUUCUAAAUAUUUACGGUGGUGGGCCCGAGCUGAUGCUUCAACCCUGCCAACGACCACAAACCCUUCAACCAAAUAUAUCUCUACAUUCCACAUCAGCACCAAAUCUGAUGGAUCAGAGUCCAAAGCCAAAUCGCAUCGAUGUAAACACAAACAAAGUAACAAUCACCAAAAGUACAGAGACGAUAUCCCAGCAGGAUAGUGCUAUCGAGAGUAUCGCGUCCGAUAGUGAUUCGAUGAAAUCUCAAAGGGACUCCAGUGGAUAACAUCGUUGUUAGAUAAAUGUAAUUAUCGAUUGAUUCAUUAAUUAAAAUGAGUGGAGGAGUGGUAAAACUAUUCAAAUCAACAUUCCUCGGUCAUUAUGAAAUUUUUCUCGUAAUCAUUCUAUGAGAAAAAGUCAAAUGAAAAUUUUUGUCUGAAAUUUUAUUGUCCACAAAUAGUUUUCUUGAUUUUUUCUCUCUCAAAACUACUUAUAUUUUAGAGAUUUAUAUUAGUUAUAAAAUUUUUAAUUUUGAGUUCGAUUACCACUUCAAAUUGCCAUUUCAUUCCUAACAUUAUUAUUGCCGAUUUGCCUUGAAUUCUGAUGUUUUUCGUUAUGAAUCAAUAAUACAUUUACUGUUUAGCGUUUUCAGUGUGCACACUCCGCUUGAGUGUGAAGGAUCGAUUUAGUUGUAUUCUUUAUAUGCUAAUAGUCAAUUUUUUUUAUUUCCUAAAAAAACGUGGGGCUAAGUGUUUCAUGUAAUCAAACGAUUGAGUAUUAUUAUCCUGUAAUUUUUCUUUUGUUUGUUGAAGUUUUGUUCGUUCUUUGCCACACGUAAUCAUCAAAUGAUUCUGAACGAAAUAGUGAUGGAUUUAGUUCAGCUCAUCAUCGCGCGAAAUGAGGAGGACACUUAAGGCCCGGAUGGAUUAUCUUUCGAAAGUAAUCUUCAUUGUUUUUCCAUCACCAUAAUGUAAAAUGUAAAUAUCACAAUUUCCAUUGGAUUUUACAUCACGCAGGAAUCCCGAAAAAUUAUGAUUGUACAAUCAAAAAAAGUAAAAAAAAAACUGAACAUUUUUAAAGAGGGUUAGAAAUACGUCCGAUAGAGAGAAAAUAGUGAAUGGAUAAUUUAUCACGGUAACUAACGAUCUGACAGCCAUUGACGACUGUGACAAAUGACGA